UUUCAACCAGAACCUGUUUCUACUCUCGAACCUGUUUCUACUGCCUCACCCGAUAUAGAAUCUACAAGUCCUCAGGCUCAACAGGAUUACACAGAGGAAUCAGCUACAAGUCAUCCAGCUCAACAGGAUUACAUGCAGGAAACGGUGUUUCAACCAGAACCUGUUUCUACUCCCGAACCUGUUUCUACUGCCUCACCCGAUAUAGAAUCUACAAGUCCUCCAGCUCAACAGGAUUACACAGAGGAAUCAGCUACAAGUCAUCCAGCUCAACAGGAUUACAUGCAGGAAACGGUGUUUCAACCAGAACCUGUUUCUACUCUCGAACCUGUUUCUACUGCCUCACCCGAUAUAGAAUCUACAAGUCCUCAGGCUCAACAGGAUUACACAGAGGAAUCAGCUACAAGUCAUCCAGCUCAACAGGAUUACAUGCAGGAAACGGUGUUUCAACCAGAACCUGUUUCUACUCCCGAACCUGUUUCUACUGCCUCACCCGAUAUAGAAUCUACAAGUCCUCCAGCUCAACAGGAUUACACAGAGGAAUCAGAGUCUGACAAGACAGAUUCUCCUACCGCAUCCAUUAUGGUCCAAAUGGAGCAGAUGUGUAUUGCAUCACAUACCUGAAGAAUCCAAUAACUGUAAAAGUCAUUAAAGUGUAAA